CGGUUCUGCUACGGUCCCACUGUGAUUCACAAAAGUAAUGGAAGACUACUCGACGGCAAUUUAAAUUUAAUUUUGAAUUUUCUGUUGCACCCGAUUAUAAUUACGUACUGAUAAGGCCGCCAAAUGAAAGUGCAAAUAGCAGUGAUAUCGUGACGCGCAUCUCACCGCAGUGACUAAUAACCGAACGACCGUUUCGUUCGCCCGCGACGCCCUUUGAGUUCAACGCAUUCACAUUUCCAAGUGCAGAUUUUCUUUUUGUUUUGCCCGCAGUGACCGCGCACUGCAAUCAAAAAGGGGGCAAGAUCAAUUUCUCGAUUACCUAAAGCUCAGGAUAAAUAAUAACGACUAAUCAUGGACAACAGUGGCGGCAAUUUGGAUGCCCUCGACGACACGGAACCGUUGCCCGAGCUGAGUUUCGAUGAUUUAAUGGAUCCAACGUCUGACAAGAGCUCCCAACACAUGGAAAUCGAUGCUUUGGACUCGGAAGAUGACGAUCCCGACGGAGAUGAUCUUGCCGAUCCAGCGAAUGAUUCACUUAACACACCGCAGUUCAAAAAGAACGUUGUGCAAAUACUGGACGACAGGCGGUUACCCUCAUCCGGACCUAUCCUAAAAUCGCACGCCAUUAAAGUAGUUACUGCCGGAGUCUCCUCCCCGUCCAAACCGCAAAUUACGGACGUCAAAAUUCUGAACAAAGUGAAACCAAUACCCAUUAAGAUCGGAAGCACUACCAUUGCUAAUACAUCUACGCCGAGCACCAUUACUAAGACCCUGAGCAAUUUGACGCAAAUUAAAACGCAAGAUGGUCGGGUAAUCUUCGUGCAGAAAUCCGUGCCUAGCACACAGACCAAAGCUCCGGUGGCCGGGUCACCAGGCGGAGGAAUACGACGUGUAAUUACAUCACCGGGAAUCCAAAAAGCGGUGCUCUCCAAGGGCGUCACUUUGGCGAGUACGGGUCUGGUCAAGGCAGCGGUACCGGGCAAAGUAGUUACCCCUGGAACUUCAACUCCCUCCACCUCCACGGCCAUAACCAUCAAGGGCAUUACACCGCUGGCCGGAAGCAGUGCAAAGGCCGCUUCUCCCGUCACGUCGCCCACAACAGCAGGCUCUACUCCCACCAAAAUUCAGGUGGUGCGCACUGCCGAUGGCAAGAUCAUCAAGCUAAACCAGGCUGGCCCCUCGCUACUCCUAAAUGCUAAACAACCUGCAGUCACCCCGGGAUCCUCUGCCACUACUACCGUGAAACUGUCGCCCUCGACCGGCAAUGUGGUGCUUAGCAAACCUGCUGGUCAAGUGGUGGUAAAGACAGCGCCUCCUGCGCAAGGAGGAGGAGCCACACCUGGCAAAAUGGUGGUGCAGAGCGGCGGCAAACAAAUCCUGGUGUCCAGCAAAAACAUCAUCAAAUUGUCGCCGAAAGCGGGUGCCACCAGCACGGUAACUAACCCCUCCAGCGGACAGACGGCUACUCCCACAAGCGGAUUGCACACUAUUCAGCUUUCCGGCAAGAGCGGAGUGCAAUAUGUACGAGUGCUGACCAAUAACAAAAGUGCGGGGACGAGUACAGCUGGGACCGUGCCGAAGACCAUGUCAACUCAAAAGAUCAGUGUAGUUCGGACUCCGGCUGGCACAACUGCUGCUACUAGCUCGCCUUCCACAUCUACAUCAACAGCAGUAGCAUCUACAGCAACGACAGCGGUGAAGGCAAGUCCUUUCAUCGGCAGCACCAGCAAGAUUGUAAUGCGGACAAUGGGCGGCAGCAUUGUGCCGCUGCCUUCCAUGCAAACGCUGGUCUCCAAGCGAGCGGUUGGCGCCAGCACCAACACUGUGAACCCAGCCAUUGGGGCCAACAGCAGCAGUGGCAGCAGUCCCAGUGGCAGCCAGGAUUCGCUGCGCAAACACCAGAUAAACGAUCUCAACAUACAGCUCAAGCAUUUGGCCUCCGUUAGCAGUGAUGCCAGCGAUAGCAGUGAUGCAGGUCCCGACGCCAAAAAGCCGCGCUACGUGAUCACCAUGCAGGGAAAACAGCAAGCUUCGCAGCCAACCCAGAAGUCCCUUGGUCGGCCAACGAACGCACAGCGUUUUGGGAUUAGCAACAUUAGUCCGAAAAAGAUCUACAAUUUUGUGAAGUCGACCGGUACCAAUGGGGUCAAGUACAUGAUCUGUAACUCUGGAGUGCCCCAGUCUUCGACCAGUGCCAUGCGGCGAGGAUACACCGGCUAUGUGGACAACAAAAUAAGGCGUACGCUGUCCAUUUCCUCGCAGCAGCAUCGCCUCAAGCAGAUGAAUCCGCAGCAGCAGACGAAGCAUAUGCAACUUCAGGCUCAGGCCAAGCAAAGGAUCAGGCAGCAGCAGCAACAGAAUCAGCACCAAACUGUGACUGUCAAAGUUGACCCCACGCUACCGACACAGCCUCCAAGCCAGAAGCAUUCUGUUUCCAAACCGCUCUUCGAAAUACUGAAACCACCGGCAACGGAAGCGGCAUCAACAGUCGAUGUUCUGGGCGGUAUGACGUCGAGACGAAAACACUGCAACUGCAGCAAAUCCCAGUGCUUAAAACUAUACUGCGACUGUUUCGCCAAUGGGGAAUUCUGUCAGGAUUGCACCUGCAAGGAUUGUUUCAAUAAUCUGGACUACGAGGUGGAGCGGGAGCGUGCCAUUCGCAGUUGUCUCGAUCGAAAUCCAAGCGCCUUCAAACCAAAAAUUACGGCGCCAAAUUCGGGGGACAUGCGUUUGCACAACAAGGGUUGCAACUGCAAAAGAUCAGGAUGCCUCAAGAACUACUGCGAGUGCUAUGAGGCCAAGAUUCCCUGCACCAGUAUAUGUAAAUGCGUGGGUUGUCGAAACAUGGAAGAUCGACCGGAUGUGGACAUGGACUCUUUGGACGGUUUAAUGGGAGCAAAGGGUUCAAGAAAGGACAAAGCGAUUGACAAGCAUUCGCAUGAGAAUCGCGCAAAUGUUUAUUUGACGGACGAUGUCAUUGAGGCGACCAUUAUGUGCAUGAUAUCGCGGAUUGUGAUGCACGAGAAACAGAACAUGCCCAUCGAGGACACAGAACGUGAGGUGAUGGAGGAGCUGGGAGAAAGCUUGAAUCAGAUCAUAACCUUUGCGAAGGAAAAGCAUGACACUUCUCAGCUCGACGAGUCGAAGGCGGUUUCUUAGAGCUGCCUGUUUAGUCAGACUUGAAUUAGUUUUAAGUUUAAAAGUUCUUGACCUUUUCUUGUACUUUAUUCUUAUUUUGGCUUUCUAAAAGUUGACCUUAAGUAAAGUGUACCAUUUUUAAGAAAAACCCUUUAUACAAAAUGUAUAUAUCAUACAUAGCAAAUUUCAGAUAUAGGACCUUUUGAUUGUGAAAAGGCCGAUGCUCGUAGAUUUUAUUAUGAAAUGAUUUCUUUUGAUUGAAUUGUAUAUAAUAUAACCCCUCAAUAAAGUUGAAUGUCCCCUAAACUCA